UCCCGUCUCCACCCCCGAUCUUUUCUCUGUUGGUUUCGUUCCCCCGCCGAUAGCAGUCCAGCGUCCUCCUCCCUCUUUCUGUGUCUCUAGGGAUUUUUCGAUCAGUUUGCCUGACUGUAUUCUCCUCUGUGCUUGGUAGUCGAAGGCGUUGCAGAUUUGAGGUACGCGAAAGAGAGAUCUUCGCGCAAUUGUUUGCUCGAUUUCUAUCGGUUUUUUUUUUUGUUUUCCCAUCUCGGAGUUUUAGAUCAUUAGGGAUAGCGAUGAUUACGUCUUGCCCCAAAGUUUUCCCAUCAAUUGGCUUGCGGAUUAGGGUCUCCGUUGGAGCCCCCUUAUCUGGAUCGGUUCUUGUGCAAAAGACGCGAGCUUUAGACUAUGCGUCUAAAGGACGGACGAAACCCUAGCCCAAGCUUUAUUUUAUCCUUUCUUUCCCCUGUGGUUUCGUGAUUGAUGAAGAUUAGAUGAUGCUUGUUGUGUAAGCACUCUUCUAAUUGGAGCUUAAAGGAUGCAGCUUUUGGGUUCAAGGUUUCUUGAUUUGUAUUGAGUGCUUCAAGAGAAACCGGCAAUGGAAAAAGGAGAUGGUUCAGGUCUGUUUGUGAACGAUGGAUCGUUCAUGGAGAGGUUCAAGCAACUCCAGCAAGAAAAGGCGGCAGCGGCAGCAGCUAAUCAAUCUAAAUCUGGCACUUUGGCCGGCCCUUCCAUUGAUCUGAAGCCUUCUGUUAUAGUUAGCAAAAGGCCACUCGAUGUUAAGGUGAAUGAUACAAAGAAGGGCAGCACAAUGGCCUCUGGUGGGAGGCUUGCCUUCAGUUUGAAGCAGAAGGCAAAGGUUGCCACGAUGCCGGCUAAGUUUGUGGCUGAUGAAGAGGAAGAAACUGAAGAAGCAGAAGCUGUAUCUGGAGAUGAACCGGUUAAGCGCCAGAAGUUGAGUCAGGGAGAUAGCAUUCAUACCUCCUCGGAACAGCAGGAUGUUGCUCCAUCCCCUCCAAGUGAUCCAGCAGUCAAGAAAGUCGCAGAUAAGUUAGCAAGUUUUGUGGCAAAGAAUGGAAGACAGUUUGAGCAUGUCACACGCCAAAGGAAUCCUGGAGAUACACCUUUCAAGUUUUUGUUUGAUUCAAGUUGUUCAGACUAUAAAUACUACGAGUAUCGGCUCUUUGAAGAGGAAAAAUCUCUUGCACAAUCUAAUGAGUCUACAACAUCCAAUUCUGCCAGAGGAAGCACUUCAACUUCUAGAGCAUUGAGUGGACCUCAAAGGAGCACUAUCCAACGGAAUUCUAAUUACCAAACUCCUGCUUCGGCUUUGUAUGGAUCUUAUGAGGCGUCUGGCUCUUCUGGAAGAUCCUCUAGUUAUGGUGAAUCCAGUGAGCCUCCAGCUGCAGAUCCUAUUGCAAUGAUGGAGUUCUACAUGAAGAAGGCUGCACAGGAAGAGAGAAUGAAGCAACCAAAGCAGUCAAAGGAUGAAAUGCCACCACCUGCUUCUCUUCAAGCUCCCAUCAAAAAGGGUCAUCACAUGGGUGAUUUCAUUCCACCAGACGAGUUGGAGAAGUUUCUGUCAUCUUGUAAUGAUGUAGCUGCACAGAAAGCAGCUAGAGAGGCUGCAGAGAAGGCUAAAAUCCAGGCUGACAACAUUGGGCACAAACUUCUGUCCAAAAUGGGUUGGAGAGAAGGUGAGGGACUUGGCAGUGACAAACGUGGACGAGCAGAUCCAGUGAUGGCAGGAGAAGUGAAGAAGGACAAUCUAGGUGUUGGUGCACAAAAAUCUGGUGAGGUGAACCCUGAUGAUGAUAUUUAUGAGCAGUAUAAGAAAAGGAUGAUGCUUGGUUAUCGGUAUAGACCAAACCCCCUGAACAACCCAAGGAAAGCAUAUUAUUGAGGGGAAGGACCUGUGGCCACUGUAGCUGUAAGGCCUCCUUUUUUACCUACUCAACUUUGCCUCAUGGUUUUUAGUCGUGGUUGGGUAUAUUGAUGUCUCGGAGACUGAUUGAGAAAAUAUGCUGCCCAGAGAUUGUCUUCAGCAUGGUACCUAAACAAGCAUUUCAGGUCUGGUGACUCCAUGGUUAUCAGUUAAUAUUGAAGAGAGCAACAAGUUAGGGAAAUCAUUUCAACAUUGUUUUUAGAACAUUGGGUGUUAUCAGAGUGCUGUAAUAUCGUAACUGAUGGUAUUCAAGAAACUGAACAAUGAUCAUUGUUAAAUCAUUGGAUUGUAUGUGCUUCUUUA